CCUAAUUAAACGACGGCGGGAAAGUGGUUAGUUACAUCCUUACAGGUUAAGGUAAGCGGCGCUCAUCACUCUCUUCCACCUGCUCCUCUCGGCUCCAUGACUUCCGAUGGACUCAAAUCCGGCAAGAAGAGACGAGAGAUUCGCGCAAAACUUGCGAAGGAGCUCGCAGGUGGUGAAGAUGAAUCGGGAAACAAAAGGCGUCCAAAGAGGGGAAGAGAAGACAAAUCUGCUGAUGUUGAUGAGCCUCUUAUUAAGAAAGCGGCUUCUACUGCCUCUGUAGAGGCUGCUGAUAAUAAGCCAAAGACUUCAGAUUCUUACUUGUCUAAGACAAGAUUUGAUCAGUUCCCAUUAUCUCCUUUGUCGCUAAAGGGUAUCCAAGAUGCUGGAUUUAAGACAAUGACUGUCGUGCAAGAGGCUACUCUUCCUAUUAUCCUCAAAGGUAAAGAUGUGCUAGCUAAGGCCAAAACUGGCACUGGGAAAACCGUUGCGUUUUUGCUUCCAUCAAUUGAAGCUGUUAUCAAGUCUCCACCUGUAAGCCGGGACAAUAGGCAUCCCCCAAUUAUUGUUCUUGUGGUAUGCCCUACUCGGGAACUUGCUUGUCAAGCAGCUGCCGAAGCUAACAUUUUGCUCAAGUAUCACUCAUCUAUUGGUGUUGAAGUUGUGAUUGGAGGCACUAAGCUUCCUGCUGAGCAGAGGCGUAUGCAAAAACAUCCUUGCCAGAUUCUAGUGGCUACACCCGGAAGGCUCAUAGACCAUAUUGACAACACUUCUGGAUUUGCGACAAGGUUGAAAGGUGUGAAAGUCCUUGUUCUUGAUGAAGCUGAUCAUCUCUUGGACAUGGGUUUCCGAAGGGAUAUUGAGAGGAUCAUCGCCGCUGUUCCUAAGCAGAGACAAACCUUUUUGUUUUCCGCCACUGUACCUGAAGAGGUCCGCCAAAUAUGUCAUAUUGCUUUGAAACAAGAUCAUGAGUUCGUCAAUUGUGUUCAAGAGGGUAGUGGGGAGACUCAUCAAAAGGUCUCACAAAUGUACAUGAUUGCAACACUGGAUAGACAUUUCUCGCUUAUAUAUGCGCUCCUUAAAAAACACAUUGCUGAUAAUGUGGGUUAUAAGGUGAUUAUUUUCUGUACAACUGCUAUGGUUACGAGAUUGGUGGCCGAUCUGCUCGGCCAACUAAGCCUGAACGUCAGAGAGAUCCAUUCUAGAAAACCGCAGAGUUACAGAACCAGAGUUUCUGAUGAGUUCCGCAAGUCGAAGAGUAUUAUCCUUGUAACAUCUGAUGUAUCUGCUCGUGGUGUAGAUUACCCUGAUGUGUCACUAGUCGUACAGAUGGGGUUACCAUCAGACAGAGAACAAUACAUACAUAGACUUGGUAGAACCGGGAGGAAAGGCAAGGAAGGAGAAGGUGUGCUUUUGUUGGCACCUUGGGAAGAGUACUUUCUGUCGUCUGUUAAAGACUUGCCCAUCGCCAAGGCUCCUCUACCGCCAAUAGAUCAUGAAGCUGUGAAGAAGGUACAGAAGGCGCUUAGCCAAGUGGAAAUGACGCACAAGGAGGCUGCGUAUCAGGCAUGGUUGGGUUACUACAAAUCUCAGAAGAAGAUUGCUAGGGACACAACCAGACUGGUGGAGUUAGCCAAUGAGUUUAGCCGCAGCAUGGGACUGGACACCCCACCAGCUAUCCCUAUAAAUGUUAUUGGCAAGAUGGGUCUCAAAAAUGUUCCAGGUCUUAGAGUCGCUCCCGGUUUUGACAAGAGAAAAGGAAAAAAAAAUUAUCGUUCCAGGUAGAUUUUGUCUUAAUGGUAUGUUGUUGUUUUGAACGUUAUUUAUUUUUGAUGUACGAACUCUUGUUAUAUUCUCGCAACACUUUGAUUUUCUAUUUAUUAAAAAAAAAUCUAUUAAAAGUUA